CGGCAGGAGGAGUCACUGAGAAACAAACAUUGGAGGCGUUUUAUUCCAGACUGGUUUCCUUCGACGAGUUCACUUUAAAUGUGGGAAUAAACUUCACGGAUACACACAAAGAUACGACAGCCGGCGACGGGAGGCCUGCGGGCAGCAGCAGCUGUCGCCGCAAGUUACAGCACAGCUAGACGGACAGGGCACUGGCCCGAAAUGCCAGCAGCAGCCUUUCGCUGAGCCCGUUCCCUGUGUGACGGAGGGAGAGAGCAAAGGAGCAAGGCAGUGAGGGUGAAGAGGAGUGAUGGGGGAGAUGGAGGAUGAGAGGAAUUCUCAGGCUAGCCAGCUCUUUGAGAACUUCGUGCAGGCCUCCACGUGUAAAGGCACCCUCCAGGCCUUCGGUGUCCUGUGCAGGCAGCUGGAACUGGACCCCGCCGACCAUCAAGGCUUCUACAGCAGCCUCAAAGCAGCAGUCACCUCCUGGAAGGCCAAGGCCCUCUGGACCAAGCUGGACAAAAGAGCCAGCCACAAGGAGUACAAAAAAGGCCAAGCAUGCACAGACACCAGGUGUCUCAUCAUCGGUAGUGGUCCAUGUGGCUUGCGUACAGCCAUAGAGAUGGCCCUGCUGGGAGCCAAGGUUGUGGUGAUUGAGAAGAGAGACACCUUCUCCAGGAACAAUGUUCUCCACCUUUGGCCUUUCACUAUCCAUGACCUCAGGAACCUUGGAGCCAAGAAAUUCUAUGGGAAAUUCUGUGCUGGAGCCAUAGACCAUAUCAGUAUUCGUCAGCUGCAGCUGAUCCUCCUGAAGGUGAGUCUGAUCGUGGGGGUGGAGGUGCACGUCAAUGUUGAGUUCCUCAGUCUCUUGGAGCCAUCUGAAGAACAGGGCAGUGAUGGGCUUGGGUGGAGGGCAGAAAUCCGCCCUGCUGGUCACCCCAUCUCCGACUACGAGUUCGAUGUGUUAAUAGGAGCAGAUGGACGGAGAAGCACACUAGAUGGCUUUAGGAGAAAAGAGUUCCGAGGUAAGCUGGCUAUUGCCAUCACAGCCAACUUUGUGAACCGUAACACAACAGCGGAGGCUAAAGUAGAAGAGAUUAGUGGGGUGGCCUUCAUCUUUAACCAGAAGUUCUUCCUGGAGCUGAAGGAGGAGACAGGGAUUGAUUUGGAGAACAUUGUGUAUUAUAAGGACAACACACACUAUUUCGUCAUGACUGCAAAGAAACAGAGUUUGUUGGACAAGGGUGUCAUCAUUCAUGAUUACAUAGAGACAGAACGACUCCUUCACAGUGACAACGUGAACCAGGAGGCUCUGCUCUCUUAUGCUCGUGAGGCCGCCGACUUUGGCACCAAUUACCAGCUGCCCUCGCUGGACUAUGCCAUCAACCACUACGGGCAGCCCGACGUCGCCAUGUUUGACUUCACCUGCAUGUACGCCUCAGAAAACGCAGCGCUGAUCAGAGAGAAGAGCAGCCGUCAGCUGCUGGUGGCUCUGGUUGGAGACAGUCUGCUGGAGCCCUUUUGGCCCAUGGGAACAGGAUGUGCUCGGGGCUUCCUGGCUGCAUUUGACACAGCGUGGAUGGUGCAGGGUUGGGCUCAGGGCAAAGAGCCUCUGGAGAUCCUGUCUGAGAGGGAAAGUAUUUACAGACUGCUGCCCCAAACCACAGCAGAAAACAUCAUGAAGAACUUCGAGCAGUACACCAUAGACCCAGCAACCCGUUACCCCAACCUCAACUCCAGCUGUGUCCGACCACACCAGGUUCGACAUCUGUACAUUAACGGAGAGCAGAGCUCAUGUUCAGUGGAGCGUGGUGGACCCACACGUAGGUCUGUCAAUAUCACCAGAAGAGAGUCGGAGGUGCGGCCGAGCCGGUUGCUGCUGUGGUGUCAGAAGCAGACGCAGGGCUACCGAGGAGUGGAUGUCACUGACCUCACCACGUCUUGGAAGAGCGGCCUGGCCCUGUGUGCCCUCAUCCACCGCCAGCGCCCUGACCUCAUUGACUUUGACUCUCUAAAUGAGGCGGACUGUGCUAGGAACAACCAGUUGGCCUUUGAGGUAGCUGAGCGGGCGUUUGGUAUCCAACCUCUCAUCACAGGGAAGGAGAUGGCGGCAGUACAGGAGCCGGACAAGCUGGUCAUGGUGCUCUACCUCUCUAAAUUCUACGAAAUGUUCCGCAACUCAUCUUUGCCUGCCCCAGGAGUGGCAAGAGAAAAAGACGAAAACAGUGAGGACUAUUCGUCAAAGAGCGCCAACUCUGUUUACAACUUAAUGAACAUAUCCGUGCCCAGAAAGCGGGUUCCAAAGGAUGAUAAGAAGUUAGAAGACAAUGACCCAAACAAGAAAAGAAGAAAAGGCAGCAACUACGCAGAAGAGCUCUCCAGUCAGGGUGCCUUAACUGCAGGGGAAGGGCUGGAACAGAAGGAGAAUAAGGUGCGCUCCAUGGCAACCCAGCUUCUGGCCAAGUUUGAGGAGAACGCACCUAGCUGUGCCUUACGUCGACAGUCUUGUGGUUCUGUAAAUCAGUCAGAGCCUGAUUCGGACUCCUCUGUGGAAAAAGCCAGUUCUCUGGAUAUGGCUGAAAAUCCUCGCUUUGCUAAACCCAAACAUGUGACCCAGCCCCCUCCUCCCCCACCCAAACCGAAGUGGAAGCCAUCCCCUUAUUUGAGACUUCUUGAGUCUCAACUGCAGCCAGGCUACAAACAUGGAAAUCUAGAUAACCAGCAUUCUCACCAAUACCGUCAUGUCCAGUCACCGAAUGACCGUAUAGACAGCCAUGCUGUUUAUCAAACACCAGAGCCACAGUUCAGUUACCAUACCACAGAACCCUGGUCCUGCCCUCAAACCUCUGAACCCCGUUCAAGUUGCCCGACUCCUGAGCCUCGGCCCAGUUCUUCAUUCCAUUCACCCCUCGCUGCCCAGCUGGUGUCUUUGGACCAUCUCCCUAAGCCCAAAGACCCCUCACUGGCCUGUAGCUCUCUAGAGCCCCUCCAUUCCUCCACACCUGCUCUGGGAGGGAUGUUCCUGCGCCUGCAGCAGCUAGAAGACCAGAUCAGUCAGAAGAAAGCACAGACUCGAAGUGCUCGCGAGUUCAGCAGAAAGAGUAUAAGGGAGAGAGCGGAGCAGCUGAGCUUCCUCUUCUCUGGCAAACCGCCUCAGGUAGAUGGACCCUCUCCUGCUCCUGUUUCUCCGACUUCUAAACCUCUCUCGGUCCACUCUCUCCCCGCGUGCUCUGCCCUUUCCUGUCUGCUUUCUCCUCCUCCCCCACCUCAGCAAAAACAGUGUAACGGAUGUUCUGAGUCACAGCAGAACGAUCACCAAAGGCAUGCAGAUCGAUCUGAAAUCAAACGCAUAGAGUGCCUUGAUCCUUCCAAACAGAGGACAGUUGGAAAGGUUUCCUCUGCUAUAGGUGUUAAAGCCGCCACUCUGGCCAUCCUUUACGAAACCGAUCACAGACCCAACAACCCAGUCGUCCUCUCGCUGGCUAACGUACGGAGGGAGUUUGCUCCGGGCGUGGGCGGCAGUGACAUCUGUCACUUCUGUAAGAAGCGUGUGUACGUGAUGGAGCGACUGAGUGCAGAGGGCUACUUCUUCCACCGGGAGUGUUUCCGCUGUGAUGUCUGCAACACCACCUUGAGACUGGGAGGACAUGUGUUCGACUGUGACCAGAACAAGUUUUACUGCAAGCUUCACUUUUCGCAGCGAAAGGCCAGCCACAGGCAUAGAAAGAAAGAGAUCCAUGGAGGCGGCGUGUCUUCAGUUGAUGGUAGUGAUGGUUACUCAGCCACUGGCAGCCUCCGCAGCCAGCCUUCAGACACUUUAGGAGUCAGAUCAUCGACUGCGAGACAGUACGGCCGGGUCCAGAACGGUCCGCUGGAUCCCAGCGUGGUGACGGAGAGUCCAUCUGAGGAGCGGCUUUCAAAUCCUCCAGAGCUCAUUAGCACCAGAGUGACGGACUCAUCUGUCCAGGACACUCCUACAGAGUCUGAGCCUCUCGGGCCGAACUCUCCGCAGCUCAAAGUUGAGCGCUCCUUCACCAAAGGAGGAAUCACCACCAGGAACAACUGGAAAAAGAAGUUCAGAGCCAAACUGAUCUGGAUAAAGACCCCCGACCGCAGCCGAGUAGCAGGAGGAGACGACGCGCUCAUAGAAGAAGAUGGAGAUUCUGACUUUGAGGAGAUACAUGUACCUGAUCCUCCUGCAAAGCCUGCAUCGGAGACUGCAGACCCACACUGCCCCCUACAGGACAAGGAGGAGCAGCCAGCUCCUGUUGAAAUACCCCACUAUCGCACCCAUGGAAUUUCAGCCUCACCAAAACCCAGCACCUCGUCCACAGAGCCUCAGACAGUCGCCCCAGACAAGCAAAACGCUCUUAUUCCUAAGAAGAAGCUCAGUCUCUCCUCAUCUGAGAAGGAAAAGCUGCUGGAUUGGGAUCUGAUGACUCCUGAAAAGUUCUCAGAAGCUGCUGAAGCCACAGACAGAUCAGAAAAGGAGGUCCAGAGCAGCCCUGAGAACCAAACCAAACCUCAGAAAGCUCCUGACCACAGUCCUCCACUCUCAGGUUUCCAGCUGUGGGCCAGUGCCCUGAGGAAGUCCUUCUCCAGCUCAGGAAACAACACCAAAGUCAUCAGGAGGAACCGGCCACCCAGAGCCAGGCCGCUGUCUGAGGGCUCUUUCAGCUUGAGUUCAGUAUUUGGAGCUUCCACCCAGAUCCACGAGGAGGACGAAGAGAGAGCGCGCUCCAGAGGAGAUAUGGAUGGAAGCCAGCCCUGUUCAAAGAGUAGGAGCGAGAUUACAGCCAUGUUGGAGGAGGUGACCCUCAGCACCAAGCCACCAGGGGGCUCCAAAGACGACAUGGCCUCACUGCCGCCCAGAAAGCUGAACUUUUUCUCCUCUCUCCGGGUGAAGAGGACUGAGGGAGUGGGCAGAAGCCGGACAGACAGCCAGACGAAAGACAUCUGGGCCAUCCUCUCCAAAUUUCGUAACAAAGCCUCCACACAGGAGCAGCAGCAGCAACAAAAGCAGGAGGAAGACAAUUCUUCCAGUGAGGAAGGCCCGGAGUCCACCACACGAAGGUCUGAUCCUGACGACUCAGAAAGACAGAGAAGAAAUCAGGAGAAAAUGCUCCUCCAGCAGAGCAAGAGAGAGCAGCUCAAACGACUACACAGGGCGCAGGUUAUCCAGAGGCAGCUGGAGGAAGUGGAGGAGAAGCAGAGAGUUUUGGAGGAGAAAGGAGUCACCCUAGAGAAAGUCCUGAGAGGAGAGCAGGACGACCCGUCAGCAGACGAAGCCGCGCUCCUGCAGUCCUGGUUUAAACUCGUCCUGGAGAAGAACAAACUGGCCAGAUACGAAUCGGAGCUGAUGAUCUUUGCUCAGGAGCUGGAGCUGGAGGACAGGCAGAGUCAGCUACAGCAGGAGCUCCGAGGCAGGAUGGCCGUUGAAGACUGUGAGAAGAGUGCGGGGGAGCUGGCGGAGGAGCAGGCCCUCCUCGUGGAGGUGAUGAAGGUGGUGGAGGAGAGGGAUCGACUCGUCAGCCUGCUGGAGGAGCAGCGGCUGCAGGAGAAGGCCGAGGACCGCGACCUUGAGGGCCUCAUCCUGUCCAAGGGAUACCAGUUCCACUGGGCGUGAGCAGCUCAGAGAAUGCGUGCCGGUCUGGAAUCCGCUCUGGACCUGUUUGUAUGGAUGUAUUGGGUUAAAACCUUGACCUGCACAUUUUAGCGUCUUCCCUGUUGUAAAACACCUGAUUCGACUCGGCUACCUGACCUGUCCAUGCUGUGCUUUCGUUUGUGGGCGGAGCCUGGCUGUUGCCUACUGUGUCGUUGGAGCUAAUUAACAUCAGGCACAUUGGAAACGACAACACAUUUUCCACCUUGCUAAAAUUAGCUUGAUUACAGGCCAAAACAAUAAAUAAGCAGUGCACCCAAUCUAUCCGCACAGUGUCUUUCACACACAUACAAAAUAAAUAUCUUUUGAAGUUAUUAACAAUGCAUUCUGGGGCCAUAACUAUACACAAAUUUCACAAUACAAUAUUUUUAAGAUUUUCAGGUUUUGGAUUGGAUUCUGAGGUCACGGUGUCAUUCAGUUUGUCAUUCUUAUGUGUUAAUGUUAAAAAUGAUUAAACAGAGCUCUAAUUAUAGGCCAUGCAAAUUCAUUUGGACUCAAAUACUCAAGCAGAACUUUGCCCCCUAACAAAAUAAACUCCAGAAAGCUAGAAAUUUGCAUAUGUGUGUGAACCUGGCAAAAGCAUUUUGAAUGCAGAGCAUGGGAAGGUCAGUUAACUAGCCUUUUCUGUCAAAAGUUGAAAAAAAAAAAGCUAAAACAUGCACCAAAAUCUGCAUUAUAGACUUGAUCUGACCCUCGGCUCACAAAUCAUGAGUGGUAAUCAAGGGUCCAGUUCAUCCCCUGAGUAUAAUAACGUGUAUACUAAACUUAGGACCACUUUCCCAGACUCAGACAGGCCUAAGCCUGGACUAAAGAACACGUUCAGUGAAGAAACUCCACUGGCGUUGAUAUUUAGUCUAAGACUAGACUAAAUCGGUCUGUGGGAAACUGCCUGGCAAUCACCAAAUCACCAAACAAGACCCUGGGUCUGCACUUCUGCUCUAAAGUGCUGUGUGGACGGCAGCAGCAGGGUCAGCUUCUAGCUUUAUUAGGUCUACCAGCUGUACACACCUACAGGAGGUCCUGUCAAGCGUAUUGUGUAAAGCACUGAAACAAACUCUCUUCAUGCUGAGCUGCAGCAAAAGAUAGUUGGCACUGGACCUGACUGGACAAAAUGUACCAAAGGCCCAAAGAAACCCACUACUGCCUCACUGCUGCUUCUGCCGUAUAGCGAAUCAAACCAAAACUAACAAGUGCCUCGUUCCAGACCGGACACUAUAUUCAUAUUAUGGGUUGUAUUUAUUUAAAGGAUGUUCAGACAGAAGGGUUCAGUUGUGGUGAGUGAUGUAGAACCACCUUAACACUAAAAAAAAAAAAACGCAUAACACUGUACGAGCACAAAGCGCAGCACUAAACCUGCCUGAGGGAAUAAAUGUAGUUGAUCUCCACACGGGUGCAGUAAUAACACUGUAAUGUUCACGCUGUAAUGUGACUGAUCUGCAUGUGCCGUCUUACUGACUCUUUUGAAUGUGAAGCUUUAUGUUUGCACCUGUUUGUUUGCUCAGCUGUGAAACUGACGUUAUCAACCAAAGCUCAGAGUGAGUCUUCAGUCUUUCUCGACUUUUUCUUUUUUUUUUUUUUUUAAUGAUAAUGACCGUCUUCUCGUCGCUGUAAAAGAAAAUGUCCAGACUGUGUCGUCUUUAUGGAAUUUAUUAUUUCAAUGCAGCCAAAUGUUGCAUGGUUUAAUAAAACAUUGCUUUCUGAA